CCGUGGUAAUGUGAAAUGUUUCCUGUGGUAAUGUGAAAUGUUUGCCGGAUCCUCAAUGGUCGAACAUUGUACUAAUGCUGUAAUCCUCUUGCCUGUUCUAUUGUCCAACUUUCCCUCUCUUCAGAUAGAGAAACUGGAGGACGGCCAGCCCGGGAAGUACAAGGUGUACGGAAAAUACAGUGACGGGACUGAGUAUAGCGACACUUUCAACACUGUGAUAUUUGCCAUUGGCAGAGAUCCUGUCACAAAAACUAUAGGACUGGACAAAGUGGGUGUCAAGCUCAACAAAAGCGGUAAAGUUGUUGCCAACGAAAGUGAGGCCACCAACGUGUCCAACAUCUAUGCAAUCGGUGACAUACUCGAGGGCAAGCUGGAGCUCACACCAGUAGCCAUACAGGCAGGCAAGCUGCUCGCCCGCCGACUUUAUGACAAUAGCAAAGUGCUGACGGACUAUGUCAACGUAGCUACAACAGUCUUCACACCUCUAGAGUAUGGCGCCAUUGGAUACUCAGAAGAGGCUGCAAUAGAGAAGUUUGGCGAAGAUAACGUAGAGGUAAGAUCAUUGAAUUAGCCUCAUGUGGUCAUUAUUUAAUCCAAAAGG